GUUGGCGAGGGCUGGGGAGGGACAGCGGCGCUGGGAGGCGGCUGAGCUGCUGAGACUUUCCAGCAACUGUUGCCCAGCACUUUUCCCCCCAGGCGACGACUGGGGGGGAGUGGGGGAAGGAAGAGGAGGAAGCGUCUCGUCCACUAGCCAAUGCUACGCUGCAGAGCUCCUCGUAGCGCGUUGCUGCUCCGAUGAGUCCCCGCGGUGUGUCCCCGACAGUCCCUGGACGGGAGUGGGGGACUGAACCCAACGUCCGAGAGUGCUGUUGCCUUGAUUGGUGGCAGAGGAUGUGGUAAGAGGAUGGGGUUUCUUCAGAGGAGAGCUCACAAUGGCUAGAGAAGAUUCGGUCAAGUGCCUGCGCUGUCUUCUCUAUGCCCUUAAUCUGCUCUUUUGGUUGAUGUCCAUCAGCGUGUUGGCAGUUUCUGCCUGGAUGAGGGAUUAUCUGAAUAAUGUUCUGACUUUAACUGCAGAAACAAGGGUAGAGGAGGCUGUCAUCUUAACUUACUUUCCUGUAGUUCAUCCCAUCAUGAUUGCUGUCUGCUGUUUCCUUAUCAUUGUGGGGAUGUUAGGAUACUGUGGAACAGUCAAAAGAAAUUUGUUGCUUCUUGCAUGGUACUUUGGAAGUUUGCUUGUAAUUUUCUGUGUGGAGCUAGCCUGUGGUGUUUGGACCUAUGAGCAGGAAGUUAUGGUCCCAGUGCAGUGGUCAGACAUGGUCACUUUGAAAGCUAGAAUGACAAACUAUGGUUUACCUAGAUACCGGUGGCUGACUCAUGCUUGGAACUUCUUUCAGAGAGAGUUUAAGUGCUGUGGAGUAGUGUAUUUCACAGAUUGGCUAGAAAUGACAGAAAUGGACUGGCCUCCAGACUCCUGCUGUGUUAAGGAGUUUCCAGGAUGUUCAAAGCAGGCAAAUCGUGAAGACUUAAGUGACCUUUUUCAAGAGGGUUGUGGGAAAAAAAUGUACACCUUCUUGAGAGGAACCAAACAACUGCAAGUUCUAAGAUUCUUGGGUAUCUCUAUUGGAGUUACUCAGAUUCUGGCAAUGAUUCUCACUAUUACCCUGCUGUGGGCUUUGUAUUAUGACAGAAGAGAUCCUGGGACAGAUCAAAUGAUGUCCUUGAAGAAUGACACCUCACAGCACCUGUCAUGUCAUUCAGUGGAGCUACUGAAACCAAGUCUAUCCAGGAUCUUUGAACAUACAACCAUGGCAAACAGCUUUAAUACACACUUUGAAAUGGAAGAGCUGUAGAUAAUGCAAGAAGAUGAGGCCACAAAAUUCUUGGAUCGGACUUUUUUUUUUUUUUUUAAAUACAAUACUUUGUCCAUCUGUUUAUGAAAUAUCUCCAUAAAAGAAUACCCGAAGACUUGAUUUUCUGCUUCCUUAAUCAAGGAGAAAAGGAUUUCAUAUCAUACUAGGUAUACUAGAACUGACUAUUCAGCUUUAAAAAGAACAAACACCUCCUUUAUAGUGUUGGGGGAACUACAUUGGCCUUUUAGACUGUAUUGUAUAAGAUUUUUAUUGUUUGUAGAUGUAGUUAUGUUUGGGAGUUAACUAUGAUAAAAUUUUGACUUACAUCCAUAGGCUAUUUAGUUUAAAAAGCACUGAUUAAUUACUAAUAUAGGAAGGUAAUACUAAUGAUCCUUACUCUUGGAUGGUGAAUUAUUUUGAUGAUGUUGAAAAGAUUCUACAGCAGAAUAUUCUGUGUUGGUUACUAAUUAAAUGUGACUUUCUGUAGUUUCUAAAAUGAACUUUACCACUUUAAAAAAAAAAAAAAA